AUGUCCGCUGCUCAAACUGCUGAGGAACUGCAGAAACUUUCUGUGAAAGAACAGAACAUCACACCGUGGGAUGUUGAAGGUGCAGUUGACGAAAACGGUAAGGCUCAAGUCAUCGAUUAUGACAAGUUGAUCAAGCAGUUUGGGACCAAGGCGAUCUCAAACGAGACUCUGCAAAGGUUUGAGCAGGUCACUGGCCAGCCACCACAUCAUUUUCUUCGUAAAGGUCUUUUCUUCAGUGAAAGAGACUUCUCGAAGAUAUUAGAUCUGUACGAACAAGGUAAACCAUUCUUUUUGUACACUGGAAGAGGUCCAUCUUCUGACUCCAUGCACUUGGGACACAUGGUGCCCUUUUUGUUCACGAAGUGGCUACAAGACGUUUUUGACGUGCCUCUAGUCAUCGAACUGACCGACGACGAGAAAUUUCUUUUCAAACAGAAGUUGAAGAUCGAGGACGUCAAGGGUUUUGCUCGUCAGAACGCUGCUGACAUCAUCUCUGUUGGAUUCAACCCAGAGAAUACAUUCAUCUUCUCCGACCUUCAGUACAUGGGCGGUGGUUUUUACGAAACCGUUGUGAGAACCUCGAGGCAAAUUACAGGGUCCACUGCUAAGGCAGUCUUUGGGUUCAACGACUCCGACUGUAUUGGAAAAUUUCAUUUCGCGUCUAUUCAGAUCGCUUCCGCGUUCCCCUCGUCUUACCCAGACGUUUUGGGACUUCCAAGCAAGACUCCAUGUCUGAUUCCCUGCGCGAUCGAUCAGGAUCCAUACUUCAGGGUUUGCAGAGAUGUGGCCGAAAAAUUGAAGUUCAGCAAGCCUUCCCUAGUCCACUCCAAGUUUUUCCCCGCUCUACAAGGAUCUACUACCAAGAUGAGUGCUUCGGACGACACGUCUGCGAUCUUCAUGACUGACACACCAAAGCAAAUCCAGAAGAAGAUCAACAAAUACGCCUUCUCUGGUGGCCAGGUUUCAAUUGAAGACCACAGAAAAUUGGGUGGUGACCCAGAUGUGGAUGUUGCAUUCCAGUACUUGAGCUUUUUCAAGGACGACGACGAACUGCUCCAGGACGUGAAAGCCAAGUACAAAUCGGGUGAACUUUUGUCAGGCGAAAUGAAGAAGCUGUGCAUUGAUGCUCUACAAGAGUUUGUUAAAGACUUUCAGGAACGCAGAGCAAAGAUCACCGACGAAGUUGUGGAUCAGUUUAUGAAGCCUCACAAGCUGGUCUGGGGCCAAAAAGAGAGACUUGUGCCUGCCAAGCCCAAGGAGAAGAAAUAA